AGCCUCAAGGUUGUUCAUAGGACAUUGUUGGCGCUUCGCUGUGGUGGGGCGCCACGCUUUGUGCGUUCCGCCAUGAAAUUUGCGAAGAAACUGCAAGAGGAGCUGGAACAAGGAUGGAAUGGUCAGUAUUUGGACUAUAAGGCCCUGAAGAAAGUCAUGAAGGGCAGUGAAGGAGAGGUCAUGCGAGACUUUUGUGAUGCCCUGAGUGCAGAACUGCAUAAGGUGCAUGAUUUCAUGCGACACCAGCAGGAGACACUGCAGGAUCAACUCCCAGGGAUGCUACUUGAGGAGACCUCUCAGCCGAGCCGAGGCCGUUCCCGCGCUUCCUCCGAGACCGGCGAGGUGGAGAAGUGCGCGGUGAUGGUCCGAAAGAUCGAGAGCUUUCGACAUUAUUCGGAUUUGACCUUCGAAGCCAUGAGAAAGAUUAUCAAGAAGUUUGACAAGCGGUUUCACUGCCGCUUUCAGGAAACCAUAGGUAUGCCAGCCACAGCCCAGCAGCUUGUCACGGCAGAGGACAUUUCUUUGCGGGUGCUGCAACCAGCCCAUGAGUGCUUGCGACAGAUGCGAGUCUACAGC